AUGACCAUCAGCCAAACUUUGGUCAGUUUUUACUCCGCAUACAAGGACCAGGACACCGAUCUGGCAAAUGUCACGCAGAAUUUCGAAGACCUUCAGGGUAUCUUUCGAUCUCUCGAAACUGCAGUCCAUGAUCGCCGAUCUCGGGCCGAUGCACAAGAGCUACUCCAAGUCGACAAAGCCACCCAAAGAUGCCAGGAAAUCAUCGAAGAGCUCCAGCUAGAGUGCCAAAAAUUCCGCACAGACUCUGCCAUCAGUUUGAAAGGUCGUAUCAAAGUUGCUGGACGUCGCGCCGCAUAUCCAUUCCGCAAGAGCACCCUACAGAAACUUGAAGAAGACGUCAGCGAGGUACGUAAAAACUUGUCGCUCGCACUCGACGUCCUAGAGAUCAAGAGCCACCAUCAGAUCCAUCAUGAUAUAGCGGAACUUAAACCGCUUCUCGAGCGAAUAAACAUGAGUCACAUUUCUUCAACGAUCCGUGGUUGGCUGACGGCCCUCGAUGCAUCUAUCGACCACAACGCCAUAUGCGCGAAACGUCAAACGAAUACUGGUUUAUGGCUCGUCAAUAGCUAUCAUUUUACAAACUGGCUAGCAGAGCGCAAUUCCUUCCUCUGGAUUAAUGGCUUCGCAGGGUCUGUCGACAUGACCCUCGCUAUGGCCGCGUCUGCUGUGCCGAUCGAUUCAUCUCGUACCUCGAAGUCCAAGACCUUCUCGGUCAAUCAGGUGGCUAGGAAGCAUUUUGGUCCCAGGAAGGUCAACCUUGCAGGCAUGUACGUCCAUGCUCUUGGAAAGCAUGGUGCCGAGAUCCCCGACAACAUCCUUGCCGCAGUUGAGAAUGGCUCAGUCAUAGCCACUCCUUCGGCCAGUGACGAGGAGUAUGACUGUCCUGUUACCAUUGGUAACACUAUUAUGAACCUUGACUUUGACACUGGCUCGUCCGAUCUCUGGGUCUUUUCAACAGAGAUCCCCGCUUCAGCGCAGACUGGGCACAGCAUCUAUGACCCAAGCAGCGCUACCCCUCUCAGUGGCUACACGUGGAACAUUUCGUAUAGUGACGGUAGCUCUGCUAGUGGUAAUGUCUUUCAAGACACUGUUACUAUCGGUGGUGUACAGGCAACUAGUCAGGCCGUUGAAGCCGCUGAGCAGGUCAGCCAGCGGUUCGUGUCAGACAGGAACAAUGAUGGUAUCUUGGGCCUGGCUUUCAGUUCUAUCAAUACUGUCCUUCCUCAGCAGCAGCUGACUUUUUUCGAUACUGUCAAGUCGCAGCUCGCGCAGCCCCUCUUUGCUGCUUGCCUCAAGCACAACCAGCCUGGCGUCUAUGACUUCGGAUUCAUCGAUCAGACGAAGUUCACCGGCUCACUAGCCUAUACACCGGUCGAUAGCUCCCAAGGGUUUUGGAUGUUCAGUGCCGACAAUUAUACGAUUGGCAGUGCCGCAGCUGGAUCUUCUAUCUCAGGGAUUGCUGGCAGCAUUGUAUCUGCCUAUUACCAGCAAGUUACCGGCGCCAAGAAUGACCCGCAGGUUGGAGGUUACACUUUCCCUUGCUCUGCCCAGCUACCCGACUUCAGCAUCUCUGUCGGUAGCUAUCAAGCCGUUGUCUCCGGUUCUUUGAUUAACUACGCGCCCGUCUCCUCUGGCAGCACUACCUGCUUUGGGGGAAUUCAGGGCAAUAGCGGCAUUGGUUUCUCUAUCUUCGGAGACAUCUUCCUCAAAAGCCAGUAUGUUGUUUUCGACUCUAUCGGUCCGCAGAUUGGCUUUGCCCAGCAGACAUAG